GCUUGUAAACACACAUGGCUUCGCAGGACGAUAUGCAAGAAUCUAGUUCCACGAGGAAAAAAUUCGCUUGCUUUUUCCGAGCCGACCAAAUCAGGAACUGGGCAUAGAAAUUUAACGGUGAAAACAUUUUGGGUGGAGACAUGGAGAGACAUUGCAGAACCAGAAGCUUGAGGAGUCGAGAGAUGCAGCCACCAAGAGUCGGAGAAGCAAAACCUGCUAUUCAAAAGCCGCUGUGCAGACUGUGCGAGUGUCCGACGUCGGACGGCCACGUCCUCGCGUCGCAGGUGGACAGGUUCAAGCUGAGGAAAUGGGCCAUGAAGGUCAUGAACCUGACGGAAGAAGACGAAAACCUGCCGGAAGUGGUUGAAGAAGACGCUUUGAUCUGCUAUUUUUGCAUUUGGCAGGCUGAGUUUGGGGAUGAGUCUGGAGACGAUGGUGUUGCUUGGUGGCCGAAAAACCUUGAUUUGGAAGAAAACGCUAAGGUGCUUCGCGAGAAUUAUUCAGUUGGAGAAGUUGAACAGUGUUGGGUGCAGUUGGAAGAGGUUGAUCUUGCCGAGUACGAGAAGGAAAUCCCUAAGAAAAAGAAAUACGUCAGUGGAGUUUGUCUUUACUGCGGCAAGAGAUACGACUAUCUGACAUAUCACGUCAAAUUGAAGCACAAAGAAGCCAUCAAAUGCAGAAUUUGGGGCUGCACGAAAUUCUUUCAUACCGAGGAGGAAAAAGAGAAGCACAUGCACGAUUUUCACGAGAAAAGUGACAAAAUUCGUUGCAAAUUUUGUUUAACCGACAAAUUGUAUUUCUCAAGUUCAUCGUGGAAGCAGCACAUGAGACGCAAGCAUCGAGAACUGGUGCCUUUAGGCUACAACGAGAAUUUCAAAUCCAAGCCUGAAAUGAUUCUCCACGUCAAUUCAUUUCACAAACGUGGCAAAAUUCAAGAUCUUUUCCAGUGCGAGCAUUGCGAGUAUUUCACAACGAUCAAGAACGCGAUGGUGAUACACCAACAGUCGAAGCACAUGCCACAGACGUUCAAAUGCGACAGUUGCGACGCCAGUUUCGGCUCAAAAUACCUGGUUAAUUAUCACUACAAACAAUAUCAUACAUUCGACAAGUGCAAAUCUUGUGGCCAGGACGUGGCUGUCGUAUACAAGGCACGCCACAGAAGACCAUUGGCUUGCUCCAAAUGCAAACUCGAAUUCAAGUGCUCUGGUUUGUAUCAACUGCAUAAGAACCGCUGCAAACAAAACCCCCAUAGUUGCAAAGAGUGUGGAGAAUUGUUCAACAUGGGUUGGAAGUUGAAUCGCCACGUGAGAAAAUUUCACUCUCUUCUCAAAACUAAGUUACGCUGCGACCAUUGCGACUAUUCUACAUUUAAUAAGAACUACAUGUUAUGGCACAUUCAAUGCUUACAUUUUCCAAAGACUUUCAAGUGUGCAGAUUGCAACAAAUUGUUUGGCUCUCAACCAAUUCUCAAUAGUCACAAGUACAGAUCGCACGAGUACGUUCGUUGCGCAGAAUGUGCCCAGGAGAUUACCCGUCAAAACAUGUUUAGACACCGGACAGCAAAGACUUGCCGCCACUGCAAGUGCAAGUUAAAUUGCUCAGGACUUCUUGCAAAGCAUUAUUGUCCGAAGGGUAUUAAUUUCCGUUGUGACAAGUGCCCGAAAGUUUAUAGGAGUAGGAAAGGUUUGUGUGCUCAUAUUGUCAAGAAGCACAUUGAUGUAUAAAUUGUACCAAAUUCAAAUGAAUAGUGGCAUUCUGAAAAAUUGUUCCGUAUUGAAUUUUAAAACCUACCAGAAUACGGUAAUUUUGCUACAGUUUGAAUUUUGGUAGGUGUUUUGUGUAAACAGUUACUGUAUAUUAAUUAUUUUGUAUCUUCAAAUGUACUAUUCAAAAAACAAUUAAAUAUUUUCUUUUUA